UCUCCAACCCCUAUCUCCCACCACUAAGGCUUGAAAAUUUUGUAAACAACGACGUGGACGUAGUAAAUUUAAUUAGAAUUUAGCCGUAAAGAUGCUGCGAUUUGUGGUGAUUCUUCUGUUGGCAUUAAGCUGUCAGCAAAUCCUUGCUGAAUUAACAGCCGCCGACUGCCGGGAGUUGGGCUUCAUUAAAGCCCAGUUAAUGUGUUCCAGUUGCGACAAACUAGAUGAUUAUGGCCUGGAUACCAUCAAACCCCAUUGCAAGCAAUGCUGCACUUUGGACCAACAGCCUGCGGCCCAGAGAACUUAUGCCAAGGCCAUUCUAGAGGUGUGCACAUGCAAAUUUCGGGCCUACCCACAGAUUCAGGCCUUCAUUCAGAGCGGCCGGCCCGCCAAGUUCCCUAACCUGCAGAUCAAAUACGUCAGGGGCUUGGAUCCCGUCGUCAAGCUCCUGGAUGCCGGUGGUAAAGUUCAGGAGACGCUGUCCAUCACAAAGUGGAACACGGAUACCGUGGAGGAAUUCUUCGAGACGCAUCUGGCCAAAGAAGGUGCUGGCAAGAGUUCUUACAGCGUGGUAGAGGAUGUCGACGGAGACGACGAGGAGGAUUAUCUCCGCACCAAUCGGAUCUGAGAUUAUCAUUCCCCAAGCAAUAGAUUAAUAAAUUCUGUAGAAAUUCCCUAACUCGAACCUCAUCUCCCACAUAAAAAAUUCGAGUUAAUGAAUGUUGAGGAUAAACGAA